GUGCACGUGGUCAGCUUCGGGGUUCCGCGGCGCCGUGAGUGGGUCCGGCGGGACUUUCUUCCCUCCUCAAGCGCGCCGGCAGCGCGAUCUCUAGGGGGUGGGGUGGGAUGCACGGGGGUGGGCAGGGGCUGCGGGGUCACAGGUCAGCCUAGGAUCACGGGCGCCGAAGGGCCGGAGCCAAGAAAUCAGGAAGACGGGGCAGGGAUUUCGGGGCUGCAGAGUUCGGCAGGGAUCGCUGAGGUCCGGGGUCGGCGCCCGCCAUCCCGCAGCGCAUGGGUUUCCCCCGCCUUUGGGUCGCACUGCUGAGAGCCUGGGGACGGUGGACGGCGCGCCCAGGCCCGCGCGUGCCCGGCCUGCCGCCUAUGGCUGGAAACAAGGUGCCACCAGCGCUGGCCUCACACCAACCUGACAGGAAGGGCCGAGGUGCCUGGGUCUGGGAGGAGACUGAGCAUCCUGCCAAGAGAGUCAAGGGCGGUGAGGAUGAAGAACCUCCACGCAAGCUGCCAAAACGCAAAAUUGUGCUGCUCAUGGCCUACUCGGGCAAGGGCUACCACGGCAUGCAGAGGAAUCUGGGGUCCUCCCAGUUCAGGACCAUCGAAGAUGACUUGGUAUCUGCCUUAGUCCAGGCAGGUUGUAUCCCCGAAAACCACGGCACAGAUAUGAGGAAGAUGUCCUUCCAGCGGUGUGCUCGCACAGACAAGGGUGUGUCUGCAGCUGGGCAGGUGGUAUCCCUAAAGGUGUGGCUAAUUGAUGACAUUCUGGACAAGAUCAACAGCCACCUUCCAUCCCACAUUCGGAUUCUGGGAUUGAAGAGGGUCACAGGCGGGUUCAACUCCAAGAACAAGUGUGAUGCCAGGACCUAUUGCUACAUGCUACCUACCUUUGCCUUUGCUCACAAGGACCGGGAUGUACAGGAUGAGAGCUAUCGCCUGAGCGCAGAGACCCUGCAGCAGGUCAACCGGCUUCUGGCCUGCUACAAAGGCACCCAUAACUUCCAUAACUUCACCUCGCAGAAGGGGCCACGAGAGCCCAGUGCACGCCGCUACAUUCUGGAGAUGUACUGCGAGGAGCCCUUUGUACGUGAGGGCCUGGAGUUUGCUGUGAUCAAAGUGAAGGGCCAGAGCUUCAUGAUGCACCAGAUCCGGAAGAUGGUUGGCCUGGUGGUAGCCAUUGUCAAGGGUUAUGCCCCUGAGAGUGUCCUGGAGCGCAGCUGGGGCGAGGAGAAGGUGGAUGUGCCCAAGGCCCCAGGGCUUGGCUUAGUCCUGGAGAGGGUUCACUUUGAGAAGUACAAUCAACGCUUCGGCAGUGACGGGUUACAUGAGCCCCUAGACUGGACGCAGGAGGAGGGGAAGGUGACUGCUUUCAAAGAACAAUACAUCUACCCGACCAUUGUCAGCACUGAGCGGGAUGAGCGGUCCAUGGCCCAGUGGCUUAACACUUUGCCGAUCCACAACUUCAGUGGCACUGCACUUGGAGCGGCUGACAAGGGUGCCAAGGUCCCCAGUUCCCUGGAGGGCAGUGAAGGGGACGGAGACACUGACUGAAACCAUAUGUAGAUCCUGCGACUGCUAUGAGUGCUGAGGCUGGAAUCUCUGCACCUGCCUGUCACCCAGGACGGGGAGCCAAGAAUUCAGGGGCCAGCUCGUGGAUGUAGCCUGGCUUCAUAACCUCAGGAUAUUAAAUUCUCAUCCCAGGAAUCAGCUGCCUAUUUUAGCCCAUGCAUUGUGUGUAUACACCUUAGCAUGAAAGGACACUUUUUAAAAAAAAAAAAAGAAGUGAUUUUUUUCCUAUUAAAUAUGUUUUGCUUAGUGAAUUA